CUUGAUUCCUGAAUCAUCAUCACCAGUGCUUGAUAAACGCGUUCCUUCAGUUUUCUUUAAUUCAUUUACUCCCCGUUUAUUUACCGUCUUGAUUACGCCAAGAGUCUUUUAUUUUAUUUAAAUAUUCUUUACUACGUAGUUUUCUUUGCCAGUUUUGAAGAUAAGUUAUAAUGUCGCUGAAUCUUUCUCCCGAAGAACAUAAUGGGUUCGAUCAGCUCUUUAAGAUUGCCGACAAACAAGAUAUUGGUGUACUCACCGGUGAAGAAGCCGUUCCCUUUCUUGAAAAGUCAGGAUUGGUUCCUCAAGUAUUGGGUCAGAUUUGGCAAAUUGCAGAUUCAGAGAACCGAGGCUUCUUAACGUUCUCUGCAUUCAGCGUAGCCAUGAGACUUAUUGCCCUCGCCCAAGAAAAGCGGGCUUUCGAUUACAGAAACCCGGGUAAAAUACCAUAUUUUUCAAAUGUUCAACUAUCUAACAUUGAUUCUUCCUCCAUCGUACAACCUUUCGGUUCUAGCGCAUCCACAGCCCCAGCAUCCGUACGUUCAAAUUCCACAGGAAGCAUCCCUUUGCCCCCCAUAGCUCCCGAAGAAAUAAAUAGGUACCAAAAAAUGUAUACCACCGUAUGCUCAGCUGACUCACUAAUGGAUGGUGAACGAGCUAGUUCCAUAUUUGGCCGUGCUCCGUUGAGCACUGAGGUCCUUGCUCAGAUUUGGAACCUUGUCGACACUCAUAAACGAGGUGCUUUAGACAUUCGUGAGUUUAACACAGGGAUGCAUUUGGUCAAUCUUUUACUUAAUGGAACUUUGAAAACUCUCCCACCAGCCAUUCCCCCCUCAUUUAUUGCAUCAGCCGUUUUGUCAAUGCCUGCUUCGUCUGCCCAAUCGCCUCCUGCUCAGAAUUCUAUGAGGACUCCUAAUAUCGCUCCUCCUGCCGACCCUUGGAGUAUUCCACCUCAAGACAUUAACAAUUUCUGUCAACUCUUUUAUAAUGUUGAUAAAACACGAAAGGGCUAUAUAUCCGGUUCUGAGGCCUAUUCUUUUUUCCUUGCUUCUAAACUCCCUGAAGAUGUUUUAGCCCAGAUUUGGGAUUUAAGCGAUACCAAUAGCUCGGGUAAAUUAAAUCUGGGUGAAUUUUGCAUUGCCCUUUUUUUAAUUAAAAUGAAACUCCAAGGAAAAGAACUGCCAUCCGAGUUGUCUCCUUCUACUUUGACGUCCGUUUCCCCCCUCAUGCAGCAUAAUUCUCCAGUUGUUUCUCCUCAGUCUACGAGUCAACCUACUGUGCAAGCAUCUACUACUCAGUCGAAAACGGUUCAACCAAUCCGAACUAGUUCAGGAACGGAGGAUUUGUUAAGUUUAGAUCAGGUUAGCUUCUCCCCCUCUCCACAACCUCAACGUCCUUCGAGCGAUUCAAAGCCUCAGCCUAACCAAGAAAUUUCUCAAAAAUAUCCAUACAACACUCAGCCUUUGCAAGCAGCCCAUACUUCUGGACUUGUGGCUUCCCCCACUUCAGCGGCUUCCCCAUUGUCAGGAUUUAUUCCUCAAUCUAAUUUUGGCCAGUCGAUAGCUAAGGUCAAUAUGGAUAAAAGUAAUGUAUCGUCUACUACUGGCACUUCUCAAGUAGCUGCUCCUGUACCGCAAAUGCCAUCUAAUGAACAUACGAAAGCAGCAGCUGAGUUACCGAAAUUGGAAGCACAGCUACAGCAAGCUACCGACAGUAACAGAAAAUUGGAACAGGAAUCUAAAGCCAUCUCCGAUAGCCAUAGUGACAUUCAAACAAAGCUGAGUGAAAUAAGAAGAGCCUAUAAUGAAGAAUUGGCAAAGACCAAGCAGAUUACUUCAGAAACUGAUGCCAAACGUCUACAAACUCAGCAAAUGAAGAAAGAUUAUGGAAUUCUAGAGGCUACCAUGGAAGCUUUAAAGAAACAAAAUGAUGAGAAAAGAGUUGCUAUUGAGGAAGCUCAUGCUGAUCUUGAAGCUGCUACCACAAUGUUGGACAAUGCCAACGCUUCAGUUCAAGCUUUAAAGAAUGAUAUCGCUAAUCAAGAACAGAGCCUGACGAAUUUGCAUAAAGAACUUGAUGCAGUUACUCAGCAAUUAGUCAAUUUGGAUAGGGAAAAUAAGUCACUUAGUCAGAAGAAAGAGGGUUUGUCGUUGAAUAUAAGUAAUUCUGAAAGAGAGUUAUCUACUUCAAAAAAUGAGCUAGAGAGUCAAACGAAAAACCGAACCAAGAAUAUAUCUCCAUCCCGAGAAUUGCCAAAUUCUACGCAUGGUGAAGAAGCCUUGCCAUCCCCUUUAACAAAAAUAGAUGAAAAAGCUAAAGAAGGACUUCAUAACGGCCAAUCUUUACAGCAAUCAAAUAAUUUAUUUGAAGGCCCCCUAAGGGAUGUUCGUUCUCCUUCAAUAAACUCUACUGCAUCUUCUAGUAUUUCAAAAAAUCCUUUCCAUAGGUUGAAAUACUCAGAAAAUACUUCUCCUGUGUCUAACUUCUGGGAAAAUGAGUUUGCCUCUACUGUUUUCCCUCACAAUGCAUCUAAGGAUACUUCAUUGUAUACUAAUCCAACAAGCCAAACUCCCAGCUUGGAUACUGAGAUGAGAUAUUCUCUCAAACCGGAAUCUUCAUUCGGUGAAAAUAAUAACUAUCCGGAAUUAUCUAGCUUUGUUUCUCAACGUGGAUCCCCAGUUUCAUCUGACAUGGCUAAAUUGACACAAUCGAAUGAGGAUGUUCCAGCGCUCUCAGAGAAUUCUGAGAACCGCUUGGGAUAUAAGCCUCCUGUUCCUCCUUCUCGUCGCGAAAAGAGUGCUUCUUCAAAAUCAGCUGAAGAAGAGUUUCCUCCUAUACAAUUUAAUGAACCAGAGGAAGAGAGUUCUGAUGAUGAUGAUGAGCAGAAAAAAACCGUCCGCAGAUUUUCUAGUACUCCUUUUGAGAAUAGUGACGAACAUCUGAAAGCAUCCACGGCUACGCACGUAGAACAUGAACCUCAUCAUCCAAUUUCGCAUUUUCCUACAUUGAAUAAUAGUUACCCCGAAAUAGAGAAUGUGAAUCAGCAACAUAGCUUUUAUGUUGGGGACUCAAGUGACUCGAAUAGACCUUUUGACUUUGAAACAGCUAACGAAUCGGAUAAUGAAGAACCUAGUUCUCAACCUCUCCCAGUGGCAAGCGAUUCUACAGAGGAUGCUUUUAAUGUUGAUGAGUUCUCAAACGAUUUCCAACAUCUUCAAGCUGCUGAAGUCAAUGAUGAAGAAGAUCAUGACGCUUUUGAGAACGGGGAAAGUAAGGUCAUGAACAUAAACAAAUUUCCGUAAGAAGACCUAUCUAUUUUCAUUUAGCUAAUUUAGUUUUACUUAUUCAAGCUGAAUAUAUGAUACUUUUGAUUUUGAUAGUUAUAUGCUACUGAAAUUACAGCUUUUGAU